AUGCCUGCCUCUUUGAUUUAUGACUUUCCAAUGAGUUACGAAGAAAGUUCCAACCCAACCCAACCCAAAGAAAAGUCUCGUAUACGGUUAACAGUUCUGUCAAUGAUGGUCCUACUCUUUUAGUCUCUAUUUACCAAUUAAUGAUAAUUGUUUUAAAACUAAGAAAAAACAUGGAUGGUGCUGCCAAAAGUCUCCACAAGUCUGUCUGUGAAAUCAAUUCUUACUCCCUUGACACAACAUGAUGCAUAUUCUAACCCAAAUUUGGAGACUAGUGUUGCAGCCAAAGGUGUGGAGAUUUGUAGGUUUUGCUUCAGCCGUUGUUGGGCUUCUCUGUUAUGCUCUCAGCUCUUCUUUCAACCACCUAUUUGGAAAUUGGAAUUUGUUCAAGAUAAUUCUUUACACUCUUUUCAGCUUCAUCAUCAGCCUCCUGAUUUUGUAUGCAAAUAUUUGGAAGUCAUCUACAAGUCUCCGAUUCAAAGCUCAUACAGCUUUCCUCGUAUUGACAAUCACUUCUGUCUAUUCCUUUUUCUUUGACAAAGUUGUGAAUGGCAAACCUGGUGCAUACAGUCUCAUUUCAUGUGCUUCCUUUGCUAUCAUGUCACUCAGGUUGUCGCGGCAAACUCUUUGCGGAGUUGAAAUUGAUCUUCUCUACUUCUUCCUCGGAUGUCUAAUUGUGCAGCUCAAGAAGAUUAGCUUGCAGUUACUCAUUCUUGGAGCAGGUUUCAGCUACUCCCUUAUUACUCUUCGUUCUUCAGUCUCUUCAAUAGAAGAUGGAAUAGAAAACGUAUAUUUUGACCUGCAAGGUGAAAAUUCAGUUGUCCUUGAAAUGGAUUCAUUACUAUUGCAACAGCUUAAAACUUGUAUGAAGGAAAUUGAAGAGGAGAAUUUGAAUCUCAUAGACAGGCUUAUGGAGCUCGUGAAGGAAUACAAUCUAGAUAAGAGUGAAUUACAUUUACUUGGUAAGUGUGAUUAUGUAAUGGAUACUCUGUCGUCAAGAAAGAUCCAUAAUCUUAAUGAAUGUGUGAAGUUGAUGGUAGCAGCUGGUUAUAAGAAAGAGUGCUAUGAUGUGUAUAGCAGUUGGCGCAGGGUAUUCUUUCAGGUGUGUCUCAAAAAUGAAAUAUUUGGGUUGCCAACGGAAAACAUCAAUACCAUCCAUGAGAAUGAAAGAGAUAAAUAUUUAGAUACUAUGUUUGAAAGAUGGAUGACUGCUUUUGAUGUAGCUAUGAUAAUCUUGUUUCCCAUUGAGCAGAAACUCUGUAAUCGUGUCUUCUUGGGGUUUUCCUCGGCGGCUUCUAGUUGCUUCUUUGAGGUUUGCAAAGAAGCAACGUCUCAUCUGCUGUGUUUUGCAGAUACGAUUUCUUCUGGGAGCCCUACAAAAUGGCGUUUGUUCAAAAUGCUUCAAAUAUUCAGGCAUUUGGGUAAUCAUAUUCGGAAAUUCCAAUCUCUUUUCCCAGACUCGACAUUACUGAACGAAGCAAUUGCAGUUAAGAAUAGAUUAGGAGAAGGUAGCAGGGAUCUUUUCUUGGAAAUGCAUAAUGUUAUUUUCGGAGUUCCUGCAGCAAAGGAAACUGUUCUGACUCAUGGUCUUCAUCGAAUUACUUUUGAGGUCAUGAGCUACAUGUCUCUUGCUUGCAUGUCGCGGAAAGAGUUGGAACAAAUUUUACAAGCAUACCCCAAGGUUGAUAAUGAAGUGGAAGCAUCUUCUUUUUUCUUGAAGCAGAUGGAGCAGAUAAUGGAGAUGUUACCUAAACAAUUGAUGGCCAAGUUGAAAAAUUGCAAGGACCCUGCUUUGCGCCAUAUUUUAAUGGUAAAUAACAGGAGCCACAUAGAAGCUAUAAAUCAAUUCUCAGAAUUAGAAACUAUUUUUGGCAAUGAUUGGUUCCAAAAUAACAAAGCAAAAAUUCGACAAAACAUUGAACUUUAUAAGAGAACUUCGUGGAAUAAGGUGUUGGACUUUCUGAAGCUGAACGACAAUGACAACAUUACAGAAGAUUUAUUGAAAGAGAAGAUCCAUUUGUUCAACAGUCACUUUGAAGAGAUAUGCAGAGUUCAGUCCAAUUGGUUUGUUUAUGACAGUAAGCUAAGGGAAGAAAUAAUAUCAUCUGUGGAAAAUAUGUUGCUUCCGGCAUAUGGAAUCUUCAUUGGGAGGCUUCAGGAUAUUCUUGGUAACCAAGCUUAUGAGUACAUUAAAUAUGGAAUGUUUGAGAUUCAAGAUCGAAUCAAUCAGUUGUUCCGGAAAAUGCAAAUAUAUGAAUCAAAAUCAGAAUAUAUAUAUAAAACGACACUUAGUGUGUUUUAAUAUUAUUUUGCUUUUAUGAUUUUAGAUUGACUUGUUUCAGUUCCUUUGGGAGUAUAUCUUUUGUAUUAUGUAAGAAAGGAAUUGCCAACAAAUUUGUGUUGUUAUCUGUGGAAAAAAAAACUGACAUCACAAUUAUAAUCCAAGUCUUCCAUCUAUAGUUGUGCAGAAUUUUUGCUAUGUGUUUAUGGAUCGCAAAUUUGAAGCUGUUGUGAGACUCCUCUGCUAUGCUCUCAGCUCGAUCUUCUUUCAACUAUCUCUUUGAAGAAUGGAAUAUGUUGAAAAUAUUCCUUUAUGGCGUUUUUAGUUUCAUAAUCUGCUUGGUGAUUUUAUUUGCAGAGCUAGUGCAACACUUGAGAUUUUUCCAGUUCAAGCUCAUACCGUUUUUUUUGUUCUGUCUAUUCAUCAAUUCUUCUUUGACUAAGUCGUGAAUGGGAAGCAUAUAGUCUCAUUUCACGUGCUUCUUUUUCUACCAUGUCUCCUAGCUUGUCGAGGCAACCUCGGUGUGGAUUUGAAGUCGGUUGUGAUUGUAUUUCUGGACCAAAUUUGAAGUCGGUUGUGAUUGUAUUUCUGGACCAAAUAUGAUCAUUAUGUAAAUGUGGUUAUACACAAAAGGUAAUAAUAUAAUUUCAAUUAAUGAUUAAUUGAAUACUAAUUGAUAA